AUGCUAUGCUGUGAUGAGUAGGGCUUGUGUUGGCUCUGAACGAGUGGUGCGUUUGUGGCAAUCAAUUGCAGUCACUGUCUGUUUGGUGUGAAUCGUGCGCUCAAUAGCUAUAUAUACUGUAUAUAUAUUUGUCUCAAUAUUCAGACUAUAAGACUAUAAGUGUUGUGUCGAAAAUGGCUGAAGCCGUGGAUGAAGAGUCCAACACCACUGCUGACCAAAACGUCCGCAAGAUUUGCAUUUUCAUCAAAACAGCCAAAGAGAAGGAGACCUUUGAGAUCAACGACAAUGAGUCCAUCAAAAAGCUCAAAGAGAUGGUCGCCACGAGGUUUAAGUCAGACAUCGAUCAGAUCUGUCUUAUAUUUGCCGGAAAGAUACUGAAGGAUAACGAAUCGUUGGACACUCACAAAAUCAAAGACGGACUGACUGUACAUCUGGUCAUACGUUCAGGAAAUCAGUCUUCAUCGCAACCGUCGUCUCAACAGACGGCACAAAAUAGUGCUGAAAACAUGUCGUCGAUGGGAGCGAAUGCUUUUGGUUUGGGACAGCCUUUCGGUGGUCUUCAAGGGUUAGGGAACUUAGGCUUAGGGAACAGUUUCAACGAUAUUCAGCAGCGAAUGCAGACAGAAAUGAUGUCAAACCCAGAUAUGUUGAGACAAAUGAUGGAAAACCCGAUCGUUCAGCAAUUGAUGUCUAAUCCGGAUUACGUGCGAACUCUUCUCACAUCAAACCCUCAAAUGCAGACACUGAUGGAACGGAAUCCAGAGAUCAGUCAUAUGUUGAAUAAUCCGGAACUGUUGAGACAGACGAUGGAAAUGGUUCGCAACCCAUCGAUGUUACAGGAGUUGAUGCGGACUCAGGACAGAGCGCUAAGCAAUCUGGAGAGCAUUCCCGGCGGUUAUAACGCGUUGAGACGCAUGUAUACCGAACUUCAGGAACCAAUGCUUAACGCAGCACAAGAACAGUUCGGAAGUAACCCUUUCGCUGCCCUCUCUAACAACUCUACCACUACUCCCACCACUACUGACGCCAACAAUAUGGCAGAUCCGCAGCGAAUCGAGAACAGAGACCCGUUGCCCAACCCAUGGGCCCCCCGAACAACCCAAUCACCCACUUCUACCACUCAAAGCGAUGCGCCGACCGCUACAACAAAUGCAUCCCAAAACGCGUCCGGCAUUAUGUCCUCUCCCGGUAUGCAGAGUCUAAUGCAGCAAAUGAUGGAUAAUCCGCAACUCAUGCAGAACACUAUGAAUGCCCCUUACAUGCAGUCCAUGCUUUCGACUAUUUCAUCGAAUCCAGAACUGGCGCAACAACUCAUUGCUAACAAUCCGUUCUUUGCCGGCAAUCCUGAAAUGCAGGAACAGAUGAGAACAAUGAUGCCUACAAUGGUUCAGCAAAUGCAGAGCCCGGAAAUGCAGUCAAUUGUCUCAAAUCCACAGGCGAUUCAGGCAAUGAUGCAAAUACAACAGGGGAUGGAACAGUUACAACGGGUGGCGCCUAAUAUAUUCGGAAUGAUCCCAAAUCCAUUGAAUAUGACAUCUCAGCCGAGCUCUGAGACGAAUACGGGAACGGGAGGGACGGGGGGAACGACCAACGCGAGUGCGACGACCGCCACCACAGCGAACAGCGCCAAUAGCGUGAACAGUGCGGCGGCGCUCUCGCAAAUGAUGGCCCAAAUGUUUUCGCCGCAGAAUCCGCCGGAAGACAGGUAUAGGAGUCAAUUGGAACAGUUAGCGAACAUGGGUUUCAUGAACAGAGAGGCCAACCUUCAGGCACUGAUCGCCACAUUCGGUGACGUGAACGCCGCCGUCGAGCGACUCCUUCAGCCCCAACAGUAGUGAUUGAGUUGAUUGUCGUUGAAUAUAACAUUACCAAUGAUUUGAAACAACAGAACUGAUGUCAACUCUUUUUACUGCACUUAUAUUUUUAUUUUUUGUUUUUAUGGGAUUUUGAUUCUGAAAGUAAAGACAACAAAAUAUUUGUUUAAAAAAAUUUUUCAGCAAAUAUUUAACUUAUAAUAAAAUUUAGUAAAUAUUUAAUAAAUAAAAUAAAAGAUUACUUUUUAGUUGAAGAUUGUAAGCGUCGGGACGAACGCCUGAUUCCAUCGAUUUUGUAUUUAUAACGUUAUGAAUGUUUCUCACGAUUCAAGUCGUGAUUCAUUUAAAUACUUUUAAGUCAAAUAAAGUUUUCUUUAUACCAGUUA